AUGCCCACUGGAUCUGGUAUGCUAGUGAAUCAAAUUAUUGUUGGAACAAACCAACCGUGUAGGUGCUCCAACUAUCAGCUAUGCUGCCAUGCGUUUCAUUACGUGGAACCACGGAAAUUGACUGAAAUUGUUUUCGGAGCAUCCGUCGCCGGCGGCAACUACGAGCCUGACUACUACAGUCAUCCUGAACGCCCAAGUGCAGCUCUAAUAACAUUAGUGGGAAUGGAAGUCAUGGAUCAGAUGGAUUGGAUUGGUGGUGGAUUCGACGAGCGUUGUUCAGUGCUCCGAAAUGAAUCAAAACACUUAUAUCAAUAG